AUGUUUUGGUCGAAGUCUUCGAGGAUUUCGGAUUUUUCGAAUAAAAAAAAUGCCGAUUUCAUUCCUGUUCGCUUAUCUCUUUCUUUGAUUUUCUUUCAUUGUUCUUACGGGUCGCUUCUUUCAUUCAUUUCAUAUACCAUUUGUUUUCUAUUCAGUUCUUUUGGCCAUCUUUUGACAUAUUUUGUCCUUGUUUAUACAUCAAGCCAUUCUUUCUUUUAUUUUCUAUUAGAUUUUCUUUCUUUCCCUGGAUUGUAUUAUUUUUUUUUCAUCUCUGCCUUUCGGGAUUUUUUGUCUAUGCUUUCCUCCUUCUUCUUUCUUGCGUUAUUUCUUUUAUCUCACUUUCUUCAUUUCUUUAACUGUUCAAUUUUUUUUUUUUUAAAUACUGUCCCUGAUCUUUCUGGUUGUUUUCAUUAUUUUUUAUUUUCUAUCAUCAUUCUGAUUCUGAUAUUCUCUCUCUCUCUCUCUUCCUUCCUUCUUUUUAGUCUUUCUUCCGUAAUUUUUCUUUUUUACUUAAAAAAAAAUAUUCUCUCCUUCUUCAUCUCUAUUUUUUUAGUUUUCUUUGUCAGCUUAUCUUCAUUUGUCCUUCAUCAACAACUUUCUUUCCUUCCUUCUUUCUUUUCUUUUGAUUUAUACUUCCAAUAUUCUCUUGUUUUCUUUUCUUUGAAUUCGUUUUAUUUCACUGGGUACCACAUUCCCAUUCCCGGAACCAUUCCCUGCCCUCUCUUUAAUUACUUUAUAACUUUCUUCUUAUUCGCUUCUUUUUCAUUCACUUUCCUUAAUCCCUUCUUUCCGUCGUCAUUCAAUCUUUCCCCUUUCAUUCCCUUUAUGAAGGUUCUUUUGUAUGUGUCUUUGUUCUCCAACCCGGGACAUAACAAAAUAAUACGCCUCUCUAUUCACGACUUUACCGAGAAACACAUCAAACAUAUCGCUCGACACAGCAGCGCGUAUAUAGGACAUACGACGGACCAACCUCUCUCAUGUUCACUCUUUACCUCUUAUCUAAACAUAAAAACAGUAUGGCGACUCUUCCGAUGGCUCCAAACACCGUUUUAUACAGACUAG